CCCUUAGGUAAACACUAAAACCUUGGGUAAAUCCUAAACCCAUGGAUAGACUCAUAACCCUUGGAAUAUCUCUUUACCCAAGGGUUUAGGGUUUACCCAAAGAUUUAGAGUUUACCCAAAGAUUUAGGGUUUAAUAUUUAGGUUUUAGAGUUUAGGGUUUAGUAUAAACGACUUUAACAACAUUAAAAUUAUUUUUUACAGCUGCUAUUAUUAUUUUUAUAUAUUUUACCUAAGGGUUUAGAGUUUAUCUAAAGAUUCAGGGUUUAGGGUUUAUCCAAAGAUUCAGGGUUUAGGGUUUAGUGUUUAAAAUUUAGAGUAUAGAGUUUAGUACGAACGACUUUAACAAUAUUAAAAAAAAUCUUUUUAAUUGCUAUUAUAUUUUUUAUUUAUUUUUUAUCCUUUUAUUUUAAAAAAUAAGUUCUAAAUAUUAUGUUUCCUUUUUAAAAAAUAUGUAUAUAAAAUAAUCAAUUUUCAUUGGUUGGUUCAUCUAGAGGUGAACCCAAGAAUAUUUCUUUUAAAUACCCAAAAUUGAUGUUAAUUUACUUAAAUAAAAGGCUAAUUUUCCUAAAUUAGUGGAGAGUCUGACUAUCAUUAAAGCGACAUCCAAUUGAGAUUCUGUCUAUAUGGAAAUUUAUUUUAUUUCUUAUUUUUAAUGGAAAACUUGGUGGCCAAGUUGCUUGCUCUGUAUUUAUAAAAGGAUUUAGGUGGGGAUAAUGUGAACAUCUCUCGAGUUACGGUUCUUUCUUCUUCUUCUUCUUCUUUGUUUUGUUUCAUUUUAUUAUUGUUUAAAAUUCAUGUCUCUCCUUCUCGGCUACUCCCCGAAGCUCUUCAUUCGGAAACCUGUGUUGGUAAGAGCCUCUGGUGGCGGCUCUUCUUCCAUGGUGCAAACCCCUCCUUGUUUCAUCCAUGGCGCGGAUCCUUGUGGGGCAGAUCAUGUAUUACUCGAAUAUGCAUAUUCUAUGAAAAAUCAUCCUAGAUUGAGAAAAAAGGCGCCUGAGCAGCUAGUGUAUAACGAUGCAGAGGUAACAACAAUCGGGUCCUCUCAUGGCUGGGUAGCUUCUUUGAUGCAUGGCGUUGGCACUCUGCGUCUCCAUGAUGAUCUAAACCCGGUUGCAUCUGAUGCAAAUCCAAAACGCAUCUCCCUGCCUCCUCUUGUAACUGUGCCUCAUUGCCAAACCCAAAUCGUCACCAACGUGUCCUUGUCCUCACCGUCUCCAGAGGACGAAGAUUGUGUCGUGGCUGUCAAGUUCUUGGGACCCCAACUCAGCUACUGCAGACCCUCCUCUGCUCUAGGCAGCAAGUCCAAGUGGUUCAACAUCAGGAUCGCAAACCCUAGCUUCUUCUCCUCCCGUGUCAUGUUUUCCGAGAAACUUAACAUGUUUCGCAUACCUGGAGCUGGAGGCCAACUCAUUGGGUCAUGGGAUCUCUGCAAAGACCAGCACACACCCGAGAUUCUGGUGUUGCGAUAUCGUAACCUUCCCGAGCUGAGCGAAGCAGAACGUGAGGUUAUGGAUACCUGUUUCACCACCGAACACUUGGUGGAAUCACAAUCCACAGGUGAAACCUUUUUGGUCAAGUGUUUCAGAAAGAGCGUGAACGGUGGUACCAGUUGGGAAACAAAAGCUGUAAUGGUGUUUAGGGUACUUCCCUUGGGAAAUGCAUUGUACACUCGCCACCUUGGAGAUCUCACCAUUUUCAUCUCAAAGUCUGAAGCAUUCUGUGUCCGUGCAAGCUCUUUUCCUGAUGUGAGACCUAACGAAGUCUAUAUCUUGGAGGACACCGAGAUUGCAUUUUUCAGGCUUGCUGAUUCUGACAUCUCAGGUUAUACGAAAAGAGUCGUGGCCCCUUACUUUAUUCCACCUCAAAAUAUAGAAUAUCAAGUUUGGGAUUGGGUUGAGUCUAGAGUCUGUCUUCUCUUUAAAAGCUUUCAGCCAUCAAAAUAUAAUCCGUUUUAGUUUACUCUAUGUGAAAAUAGAGUUUCAGUUAAGACAACAUUAAUUACUAUCUCAAUAACUUACAACGUACACUUGUGUGAGUAGAUUCUUGAAAUAAAACUCUAGAAGAAGAAGAAGAAGAUGAUGAUGAUCAUCAUCAUCUGGGGUUUCUUAAAGUUUUUGCAACAACAACAACCAACUGUUAUUACCUGCUGCAGGAGAAUUGGGUAAUGAUGAUCUUGAUUUAGCUGAUCUUGAUUUAGAGAAAAUGUUUGAAUUUUUGAGCAGCGAUGAGUUUGCGGUAAUUUGAAGAGAGUCCGGUUUGAUCCCGGAUCAGUUUUUUUUUUCUCAGAUAAGAGAAAACUGAUGCAACUCAAACAUGUCAAGCUUCUGUAAUGAAUGGUAGGACUUUGAGUUUAUAUUAUUCUAUUAGGUGGUUUUCUUGUCACUGGCAAAAGUAAAAUUUUAAACUCUUUAUAAAUUAUUAUUUUUUAUUUUUCAUUUUUUAUUUUUUUGAUCAUUCACUUGUUAAAAUUAAAAUCAAUGUUACAAAAUAAUUAUUUAUUAUUUGAAAUUUUCAUGUUGGUAAAUAAUGUCUUAAUAGUAUAAGUUUUUGUUACUUAAUUUUUAUAAAUAAAUAUAUGUAGCUUAUAUUCAUAUUUAAUGAAUUUACUUAGUAUAUAAUAUAUAUUUGGUAAAUAUACUUUAUUUUCUUAGUUUCAAUUGUGCUUUUAUCUUCCAAAAAAAGGUUUGAAAUUUUACAAUAUCAGGUUUUGUACUUGGUUCCAACUACAACAUACUAAACUCAUACAACGUAUAUAAAAGGUGUAAGUUGAAUUUGUAACUCAAGUACAAUACAUACUAGAUCAUACAUAAAAUCAAAAAAAUUAUGAGUUCCAGUUAAAACAAAAUCAUAAAAUCAAACUAUAAUCUGUUUUUGCUUAUGCUAUGUGAAAAUAGAGUUCCAGUUAAAACAUAAUUAAUUAGUAUCUCAAUAA